CACGCUUUUACCGAUGCAUGUGUAAAAUUUGUAUGUUAUAUACAUAAAUCUUGUAUCUAUAUAUGUACGACCUAAAACCCUUUUUAAAAAUUUCUUGCUUUCUUUCUUCUGAUUAAUUUAUUCUCCUAGUGAUGAUGACGAUUUGAGUUCGAUGCUUCAAUCUUGAUUCUUUUGUGUUCUUUUAGAAGAGAAAAAGGUUUCUGGUUUGAUUUAAUCUUAACCAAUUGGGAAAAAUCAUGGACGAAUCAAGUCAACAGGGACAAGAUCGAAGUUCUUCUGCUUCAAUUCCAACUCUCCUUUUACAUGGUGGUGAUGGUCCUUCGGCUGAGAAACGAAAAGAUAAGCCAAAAAAUGAAACAAUUGUUCCUUUGAAUCCUUCUGUUGAUGCAGCCAACCAAUCAGAACCCUGGAGUGCGAGUCGAGCUCAUACGCCUAUGAACUCAUCAAACACUUACAUUGCUCCAGAACAAACAUACUUUUAUGGAGGUUAUGGUGAUGGAUUGGUUAAUUGGGGAGAAGGUUCAAAUUAUGUUCAUACUAACAAUUUGCAAAUUAUGUCCCCGGCAAUCUACAACGAUAAUUCAUCUCUUCUAUAUCAUCCCGCUUUCACAUACGACACCCAAAUCGCAUACGCUCAAUUCCCCCAAAUCGCAAGUCAACUAUCACCAAUAAUGAUCGAUGGUCAACUCUAUUCACCACAUCAACUCCCAAUUUCUCCAUCAUCGUACUACUCGCAACCAAUUUCACCAUCCGAUUAUACACCCUUAACCACAAACAUCACCCAAGAUGGGAUCAUCGACAACAUGUUUGUAGGCCCAGGUUAUUAUCUACCCUACCCUGGAAAUAACAAUCAUGGAUUCUACAAAUUCCCUAAUGAAAUCACUCAAUGUGAACCCGUAUCAACUCAAUCGACCCCAGUUGGCAUACUUGGCCCAUAUCAUGGUUCUUAUGAAGCUAGCCGAUUGAACCAUGGUCUCGACAAAAAUAGGGACCGAGUCGACUCGGUUAGCUUGAGCGCGACUACAAGUGAUAGGAACCGAGGACCAAGGGCAUUGAAACCGAAGGGAAGAACAACGGAUAAUGUUCAUAGAAGUAUAAAGUAUGGUGUUUGGGCAAGUACCCCACUUGGGAAUCGAAAGCUCGAUGCUGCAUAUAGAGAAGCAAAGGAGUACGCUUCUAGGGUUUUUCUGUUUUUUUCGGUGAAUGCGAGUGGACAGUUUUGUGGGGUUGCUGAGAUGAUUGGAGGUGUGGAUUUUGAGAAUGAUGCGGAUUAUUGGCAACAGGAUAGGUGGAGUGGGCAAUUUCGGGUUAAAUGGCAUAUUAUUAAAGAUGUCCCAAAUAGUCGGUUUAGACAUAUUCUUCUUGAAAAUAAUGAUAAUAAGCCUGUCACUCAUAGCCGAGACUCACAAGAGGUGAAACUUGAAGAGGGUAACACAAUGUUGAAAAUCUUUAAAGAGCAUGAUGCGGAUACAUCAAUCUUGGAUGAUUUUAAUUUUUACGAUGAACGUGAGAAAUCUUUGCAAGAAAAGAGAACCAAGGAACAAGUUUUUUCUACCAAAAACACCAUUGAUGAUGCUUCAAUAAAUUGUCUUUCGGAUAGAGUUGCUAACUCUCUCCAGUUAGAAAACCACAAUGAGGUGGUGGUGGUUGUGAUUAGAGGCGGUUGA